UUGCGCGUAACGUUACAAAACAUUAGGUUUCUUACGUCACUGAAUGUAGCCUAAAUGCGUGUCUGUGCACGUGUAGCGAUGUUGAUCUGUGACCCGAUUUCCCGAUCUGAUGGUGAAUGUAAUGUAGAUCGUUUUACAUCUGCAGGUAAGAAAAAAGUAGACUUUUAAUGGCGCGAGGAAGGGCUCAGACAGAUUCCUCUGCAUCGAAGCAGACGAAGAAAGUCAAUUCAAAGAAAAGACCGAAUGAAGAACAAACUGAAACACUCUCCAAGAAGCUGAAAGCCAAAAAAGAAGGCAAGGCAGCGAAAAAAACUGAAACCUACAUACAAGCAAGUGUCAAAUGGAUUGGAGCUCAGAAAAGAGUGGGACAAACAAGUAUCCUUCACUACAUUUACAAAAGCUCCUUGGGACAGAGCAUCCAUGCUCAGCUGCGCCAGUGUCUGCAAGAGCCUUUUAUACGCUCACUUAGAGCCUACAAACUUCACCGCACAGCCAGCCCCUUCGAUCGGAGGGUCACUUGUCUGGAAUGGCAUCCCACCCAUCCCACCACUGUUGCAGUGGGCUCCAAGGGUGGAGACAUCAUCCUGUGGGAUUAUGAUAUGCUGAAUAAGAGAACCUUCAUACAGGGGAUGGGUCCUGGAGAUGCAAUAACAGGCAUGAAGUUUAACCAAUUCAAUACCAAUCAGCUGUUCAUCUCAUCUAUUUGGGGUGCUACCACCCUUCGGGAUUUCAGUGGAUCGGUUGUACAAGUCUUUGCCAAAACAGAUUCAUGGGAUUACUGGUACUGCUGUGUGGACGUGUCUGUUAGUCGUCAGAUGCUUGUGACUGGAGACAAUACUGGACGACUACUUCUGUUUGGCCUUGAUGGACAUGAGAUUUUCAAAGAGAAGCUGCACAAAGCCAAAGUGACCCAUGCAGAAUUCAACCCUCGUUGUGAUUGGCUGAUGGCUACAUCCUCUGUUGAUGCUACAGUCAAGUUGUGGGACCUCAGAAAUAUUAAAGACAAAAGCAGUUAUAUCACUGAAUUGCCUCAUGAAAAACCAGUCAAUUCUGCGUACUUUAAUCCAACAGACAGCACCAAGCUCCUGACUACAGACCAGAGGAACCAGAUCAGGGUAUAUUGUUCAUAUGACUGGUCUAAACCUCAUCAAAUAAUUGUUCAUCCUCAUCGACAGUUCCAGCACUUAACACCCAUCAAGGCAACCUGGCAUCCCAUGUAUGACCUCAUCGUGGCUGGCCGUUACCCAGAUGAUCAAGUAUUAAUCAAUGACAAGAGAACUAUUGACAUUUAUGAUGCCAACAGUGGUGGGCUUGUGCAUCAGCUGAGAGACCCCAAUGCUGCUGGUAUCAUAUCUCUCAACAAGUUUAGUCCAGCUGGAGAUGUGCUGGCUUCUGGAAUGGGCUAUAACAUUUUGAUCUGGAACCGAGAGGACACACAGAACAGUGUUAAUGGGAAACAAACAGUGGAGGACAGUGGAGGCAGACCUGGAACCUCCAGAUCCCAGCGUAGCACUCAGCAGCGCACAAAUAGAGAUAGAAGAGCGGCUGCUGAUGAUGCCAAGCUCAAGAAAAAGCUGUCAUCAUCAACAGAGACCAAGUCCAAAACCAAGAGCAAGACAGAUUGCAAGACAUCAAAAGCAAAGAAAAAGUGAGAGAGAAUACACUGAACUUUAAAACUAGAUACUCAGGCUCAGGCUCAUGUCAAUAUAUAAAUCCUGGAACAACAAAAAUUAAAAUACAGACUUGUUUUGUUACCUUUUAUAGGGCCUAAAAUAUGUAUAUUCUGUUCAAAAUAAACUUUUGUACUUUUUUA